AUGAUCCUUGGCAUUCGAGAAGUGCAUCAGGACAUCACGCAGCUCCGCACUUUCAUGAAGAAGAUCGACAGCACGCUGGACAUGCACUUCUUCUCUGCUCCAGGCCACCACGGCGUGAUCAGUGGCGGGGUGGCCACCAUGUUUCCUGCCGGCCUCCAUGCUGAGAGCGAUGCUCUCAUUCCUGGUCGUGUCCUCCGCGCCGUCUUCCGCACCAACACCCAGCAGAUGAUAUUCUACAACAUCCACAACUACGAGAUCAGCAACGCCGCCAUCAAGCGCGUCUCCACUCGCAUCCUCAGCGACCUCUGCCUAGCCAAGGCAAGCCCGUGCAAGGUGAUCCUCAUUGUGAUGGGUGACUUCAACUUCGCUGCCGUCGGGAAGCUCAAACUCACCGAACCCGUAUCCAGAGCCAGCUCGGAGCCCUCCGAAUCGUCCAAAGCAUCGGCACGCAAGUGGCACGACGCGCUGAAACACCUUGUCGAGAUCGAAGGGGCCGACACCACCCACUACUGUGUAGAGACGAAGGCUGAAUCCACGAUUGACCGCUGCUUCUGCUCUUUCACGCCUACACAGAUGUUGCAACUCUCGGUCAACUCCGCCACCUUCUCCACCCCUGAGGACCUCUCGCGUCGCCAUGUCAGCGACCGCGCGGCCGUCCUCGUCUCCUUCACCAUGCGCGACGUGAAGCCAGCCAAGAACCAGCCCAUCGCCCAGUUCAUCACGCAGUCCCCCACCUUCAAGAAGAUCGCUGACAAGGUCUUCGGGGCGACCGACAUGAGCCACCUGUCCCCGCCGUCCAAGCUCGUCCUCACUACGGAGCUGCUCCGCGAGAUCGCGAGAGAGACCAGGGGCCACAUGCUCGAGACCUCCCCGAACAGCGGCGACGUCCAGCUCCAGGUCGCCAAGUCCAUCGCCCGCGCCGUGUGCUCGCCGCCCCUCAUCGACCAUGUCAAAUUCGAGGAAUGGGCCAAUGAUCUCUUCCGCCAAGAUGCUGACAGAAGGCAGACGGCCAUCGACCUCGCUGCUCAGCGGGGCCGCCUCCGCCCCGCGCAGGCUCGUGCACAAUCGCGCGCCCCCCAAAGGAAGAUCAAACUGUGGAACCCGAUCGGCAAGAGGCCCAUCCUGACAGGCGUCAAAACUAGCGUGGGCACUGUGUUAGGGCCGAAGGACAGGCUGCAAAAGUUGGUCGAGCACUGGCAGCCAGUCUUUGAAGGCAAACAAAUCGACUUCGACAAAGCAGCCGACUACCUCAGUCAGUCCUCGCCCAUGAUCGAUUGCAACAGCUUCAACCCGCCAGACUACGACACCCUCAAGAAGUCCGUGGUCCCAGCCUCACAGCGCGGCUUCAUCCACGGUCGCAACUUCGGCUACAACGCGGUGGAAUUGGACGUGGAGAGCCACAUCGCGUCCGCCGACCCCGGCGCGAAGGACACCCUGCCCGUGCUGGUGUCGCUCGACAUCGCCCAGGCCAUGGGCGCACCGAUGGCUGCCAUCAACUUCUUCGACUCCGUGUACCACAACAUCCUCGCCAUGGCUCUCUGCGCUGGCCAAUACAUCCCCCUGUUCUACAUCCGUUCGGGCAUCAUCCAAGGAUGUGGAUGGAGCGGCGCCCUCUAUGCGAUGGGCACGGCUAGUUUCCUCUCGAAUAUUGAAAGAGCUCUAGAGAACCAGGGGCGAGGCCUAUGCCGCGCAUGUGCUGACGACCUCGGGCUUGUGCUCAAUGCUGUCACCCGCCUCUCCCACCUGGCUGAAGUCGCGAACUCGAUGGACAUGCUUGCGGGGCUCACCCUGAAGGCCCCGAAGUGCCGCAUCAUCCCUCUCGCGGGCGAGGUCAACAGCGAGCUCGCAGACAAGCUCCGCAUCGCGCUGAUCAACACCGUCCCGUUCUUCAAGGACUUCAACAUCUGCGACUGCCUCACCUACCUCGGGCUGCUGAUCGGCCCUGGCGCAACCGAGAAGCGAAUCUUCGAGAAAGCUUUCAAUAAGUUCAAGAUGCGCGCCAAGGCCUUCGGUGCUAGUGACGCCCCCUCCAUGGGCGCAGCCGCAUUGUUCAACAGUCGUGCACUUCCUGUCCUGAGCUACCUCGCUCAGUUCGCUAUGCUCCCACACGAGUACUUCAAGAACGAGAACUGGAUCAACGCAUCGGUGCUGCGAUUCCCCAACGGUGCCUUCAGGGUCAAAGACUGGCCACACCUCCGUGCUUGGGGUGUCCACGGUCCGCGUUCGUUGCAGCUCGCGAUGGUGGCCGCGAACACUCGAUCUACAGCCACGACAUUCAGAAAAUUCCUUGAGAUCCGAGCACGACUCCACGAGGGCCUCAACUCGCAUGGCGACAUGCAGACUCUGGUCGGGGUUGCCCGUGGCACGCUUCAUCAGUCGCCUCCGUGGUGGCAGAUGCCCCCGUUCGUGGAGACACUGCGCCGGGUCGCCACGCCCACGGCCGAGCACAUCUACUACCCAGAGAACCUGCUGCGCCCUGCGGUUGCUGGCGCUCCGGAGGCCAUUGCUGACGGCCGCCCUGGCCUCGCCCAGCGACGCGCGUUCUCGGGGGCACUCGCGGCCCUCGGUCCCCACUCCAUCGGCCCCUUCCUGGAGGCGAGGAUCGUGGCCGAGCACCCGCACGCCGCAGAGUUCCCCCACCGCAACCCAGACAUCUUCUCCAAGCUGCGGGCGACCAU